UCAAAUUACUGCAUUAAGUAACAAUUAGCAUUUUGUAAAUUACUGUCGAUUUGAAAGUGCUAGUAUCCAUAAUCAAAAGUAAUUUUUUUUGUCAAGUUAUCAUUGUCAGUAUAUAAUUUAAACAUUUAAAUAUAAAAAUAUAUGGCAGCAUCUAAAGCCGCGGAAAUCCAAACUCAAAUUCGUGAAAAUAGCAAUGAUUUAUCUGAUUUUCUCAAAGAUCUUAAACGUUGGGAGGCAAAUAUAAAAAACGAAGAUAAGAAUUUAAAAAAUAUAAAUCGUUUAGAAAAACAGCUCCCACCAGUUCGAACCAAACUAAAUACCACUAGUAAACCUGAAGUUGGCAAAAAAAAUGAAACAAAAAAAGAUGUGCGAAUAAAAUCUUAUGAUUACAAUUCUUGGGAAAAGUAUAAUGUGGAUGAUGCAUGUAAAAGUUCAGAUGAAGAAGAUCAAAGUGAUGAUUUAGAUGAAGAAGAGCAAGGAAAAAUAGAAAAAGAACGAAGAAUUCAAAAUGCUAUUAUUGAAAAAGAAAAGGGUAACCAGCUUUUUAAUGAAGGUAAGUUUGAAGCAUCAAUAAACAGAUACACUAAUGCAAUAACAAUGCAUCCAACAAAUCCCAUUCUAUAUGCAAAUCGUGGAAUGGCUCUUCUAAAAGUUGAGAGAUAUGCUUCUGCAGAAGCAGAUUGCACCACUGCUCUCGAGCUGGACCCAAAAUAUACCAAAGCACUUGCAAGACGCGCUACUGCAAGAGAAAAGUUACAUAAAUAUGAAGAUGCUCUUAAAGAUUAUGAAGACCUAUUAAGUAUUGAGCCUCACAAUCGACAAGCCAUUUCUGAACAAGAAAAAAUUAAAAAGCUGAUUUCUAAAAUAAAUGCAGAUAAGAAAAAUAGUAAUAUGAUUGAUCCACAAAAAAAACGAAGUAAGAAACCUCUUAAACGCAUUAUCAUAACCGAAGUUGGUAAAGAAAUUAAUCACACGACAUGCAAUCUUCCAUUAAACAAGCAACCUCUACUAACUGAUAAAGAUAGAAAAAAAGCAGAGGGGAACUCAACUUUAAGUUACUCUCCUACUGCUGUAAAAAGUGUUAAAAAGUUAUCUGUUCCUUCUUCAUCUUUCAUAUUUGAAAUUGAAUUCAAAGAAAUAAAAAAAGAUGAAGAACAAUUAUAUGAAUAUAUAAAGAUAAUACCUACAUCAUUAUAUAAUAAACUUUUCUCGCAAUGUGUUGAUGGUCUUAUCUCACCAUUUAUACAAGUGCUGCAUAAUUGCUAUCUAAGAGAUAAUCUUCCUAUUUACGAAGAGUUAAAGUCAUUCUCUAAAGUUCCUCGUUUUCAAAUGGCUUCAAUGUUUUUAUCUCAACAUGAUAAAACACUCUUGAAAAAGUUGCUACAAAGUUGUAGCAGCAGUUGUUCGAAAGUGUCAUCGCAAGAUAUUAUAUCACUAUGCAAUGAAUACGGUGUUAAACUGUGAUAAAAGAAGUCAAAGUACUAUUGAAUUGUAUUGUUGAGUUGUACAGUGAUUAUGAUGUUAUACUAAUACUA